AUGGGCGGCAUCAGCGACGACUCGACGACCCUGACCUAUGGCCAGGGCUCGGCGUCGCGGACGCUGCACCUCGACGUGCAGAUGCCCGGCCAGCCGCCGCGGUCGGCCAAGGCCGGCGGCGCAUCCCAGCACGUCGCGUGGCAGCCCAACGCGUUCCGCGUGAGCGCGCCGAAGCAGCAGCGGCCGGCGACGUCCGAGGGCCGCCUCGUGCGCGCCAACGCCGACGGGACGCCGUCGCCGGCCAAGGGCCGGCCGCCGUCCGCGCCGGCCGGCGGCGGGCCCGGGCCCGUGUUCACGGCGCCGGAGCGGCAGACGACGCCGCGCGAGCUCGUGAACCGCUUCAUGCGCGAGAACAACCGGCACCGGUCGCGGCCCAAGAGCCACGGCGGCCGCGGCCUCGGCUGGCGCGCGAGCAAGAUCGCCCACCUGCAGCGCGAGGUCGACCGCGAGCCGCGGCCGUCGACGGCGCCCGCGACGUCGCCGCCGGGCGCGCUCGAGCCGCGGCCCCGGCCCGCGGCGGCGCCGCCGCUGCCCGCCGUGAGCUUCGCCGUGGACGGGCCGGAGACCGACGACGACCGGCCCCGGACGUCGCCCGCGGGCGCGCCGCCCGUGCCGCGCGACGACCCGCGGCUCGGCAAGCACAACCCCGCGGCCGCGGGCACGCACGCGAGCUUCCUCGAGUGGGAGGCCUUCCGGCGGCGCCUCCCCGGGGACCCGCCCGCGAGCGCGCGGCCGACGAGCCCCACCGUCGAGCGGUGGACGCGGCCGCCGAGCCGCCCGGGCACAGCGGCGCCGCGCGCGGCCGCCGAGGCCGGCGACGCCUUCCGCGGCCGGACGACGAAGGAGAAGCACGUGGACUUCAACGACGAGCUCUCGAGCCUCCUCGAGCCCUGGGACGUCGAGAAGCACGUCACGGACGACUUCUUGAUCGCCGCGCGCGUGCCGCGCGUGCCGAGCCUCGCGUCCGUGUCCACGGACGCGUCCUACCACACGAGGAUCGGCGUCGUCAUCCGCAAGGAGGACGUGCUGCUUUCCGAGCCGCGCUGGCUCGACCCCCUGGUCCAGCACAUGCUCGUCGCCGCGCGGAGGGACCGGCACGUGAAGACGACGCUCUGCGGCGUGUCGCGCUUCGACCUCGCGACGCUCAACGGCCUCAAGCCGACGAGCUGGAACCCCUACGACCUCGUCGUCGUCUCCGCGACGAACGUGGAGAAGAUGCUCGACGUCAAGGGGCUCGACGUCGACGAGCGGGACGCGGCGCGCGCGCGCGCGUUGCCCGACGAGUUCGGCUUCUCCAAGUUCGGCGUGGGCUUCGUGACGCUGAGCAGCACGGGCGCCAUGUACUACUCGCCGCGGGACGUGCCGCGGACGCUCGCCGCGCCGGCUCUGACGGCGACGCCCGGCGAGUUCGUGGACCUCGAGGCCUACGAGCGCGAGGCGCGGGGCGGGAAAAGAGGGCGACAUGCCCAACUUCAAAGGCUCCUCUCUCGGCCGUGCGAGGCGCGGCUCUACCACUUCGUGAAGAAGCUCCACGUCUUCAAGAACUACUGGCUCUGGCGCAUGUUCGGCGCCUGGCAUCGCGUGCUCUCGCGGCAGCGGUUCGCGCGGCACCGGGACGCGCUCUGCGCCGCGCGCCUCGACGACGGCGUGCUGGUCGCGGCGCUGGCGCGCGCGACGUGGGAGCUCGGGGACUUGGAGGACGCGCCGCUCCACGUGACGCGCGCGGAGCUCGCCUGGGCCGCGUCCGACGCGCUGGAGCGCAUUUUGGACAAGGACGCGCGCGACCGGAAGCGGGAGGCGGAGGCGGAGAAGCUCGGGGCCGCGGCGCCGGCGACGCCGCGCGCGAUGGCGAACCCGGCGUUCGCGGCGGAAAACGCGUCGUCCGACGAGAGCAGCGACGGCGACGACAGCUCGGACGAGUCGACGGCGUCGAGCGAGCGGCCCGACGCGCUGGCGGCUUUGAACGAGGCCGAGGCGCCCGCGCUGAGCCCCCAGGGUUCGGUGGGGUCGCCGUCCGCGUCCACCGCGGAGUACGUCGACCCGCACGUGCUCCACCGCGUCAAGUUCUUGGCGGACCAGUCGCUCGCCGAGGGCGUCGAGCCCGCGGUGUUCGUCGGCGCGCAGAUCGCCGUAUUACGGCGCGUGCAGCGCGACGCGGACGCGACGUCGGACCGCCUCGCGGCCGUGAUCAAGCACGCGACGGCGACGCUCCUGGCCGAACAGAAGCUCAGCCUCCACCCGCGCAAGGCGAGCCCCCACGCGGCCUACGAGACGGCGGAGCGGGAGCGGAGCCUGCGCCAGAGCAUGCGCCUCGCGGGCGGCACGGGCUACCUCGCCGCGCGGAGCACGGCGUCGACGGUCGUCCGCGCGUCCGUCGUGGGAGAAGACCUCACGGACGACGAGCUGCUCGCCGCGGCGGCCUGGGGCGGCGUGCCGACCUACUACACGGACACGGCGCGGCGCCGGACGCUGAUCACGAAGCUGAGCCGGUUCCGGCGGCUCGUGGAGUUCAUGUUCUUAGGCGCGUACCGCGUGCUCGCGAUCCGCUACGCGAGGGAGCUCGAGCGGUGGUACGACGACCUGCGAUUGCAGGCCGAGACCGUCAAGAAGCCCGACGACGACGCGAACGACGACGGCGAGGAGCCCGAGCCCGUCUUCGACAUCCACGAGCCCAUCUACCCGCCGCUGCAGGUCGCGAUCAACGUGCGGUGCAUGGAGGAGGACGAGGACGCGUCGCUCGAGGACGGCGACUACGCGGAGCACACCAUGGAGCUGAGCCCGUCGCCCCAGGCGCUGAAGAAGCUGCUCGAGGUGCUGCAGAACACGCUCCUGUGCGCGCUGGCGACGGUGCCGACGCUGGACCGCCACGAGCAGCUCGCCUAUCUCUUCGCGAUGAACUGCAAGCCGCCGCUGAAGGAGGACCAGGAGGUCAAGGAGGCGAAGCGGAACCGGGACGGCUGGGUGCUCUGGAUCAUGCGCAAGGUGCCGGGUCUCGGGGACAUCCUGCGGUCGCUCGUCGUGUCGUCCGAGGAAAUCAUGCAGUCGAUGAUGACCACUUCCGACGACCUCGGCACCGUGGACCGCCAGGGCAAGCGGUCGUCGACGCUCAUGAUCGCCACGGCGCGGGCGUCCAUCAAUUUGACGAGAGGGUCCCUGAAGAAGCAGCACCCGGCGAACGUCCGCGGCACGGGGCUCGACGAGCUCCGGAGCCUCGCCGCGGCCGCGGCCGCGGCCGACGGCGAGCCCGCCAAGGUGCCGCGCGACCGCCGCUGGCUCGGCCAGCACUGGGUCACGGUGCUCGCGAGCGACGGCGUCUACCGGGACGCGCGGUCCGCGUUGAUGCGCGCGACGUCGAAGCUGAGAGCGUUCGUCCUCGAGAACCUCAAGUCGAACGACGAGAUGCUCGAGGCCCACGGCGUGCUGCUGGCCUGGAUGCGCCGGGUCGGUCCAUCUUUAAAAUCCGCCGCGGGCCUCGCGCGCGGCGAGGGCGACUACGACUCCAUCGGCGAGGAGGACAACCCGACGAUCGUCUUCGCGACGGACGCGUUCGUCGCGCUCUGGCCGCCCGACGAGGACGACGCGCGCGCGGAGCUCUACGCGCGCGUCGCCGCGGAGCACGGCGCCAAGGCCGAGGUCAUGCGGCGCCUCCAGUACCUCGUCAACGCCAUCCAGGUCCAGGGCGCGCGCGCGGGCACGCUCCGCGACGUCACGAAGCUGAACGGCUCCGUGACGAUCGCGCCGACGUCCGCGCGCGAGGCCAUGACCGCGACGGCGACGGCGGCGCAGAACCUGCUCCAGGGCGCGUUGCCGAGCUUGUUCGCCGCGCAGUGCGUCGACCUGACGCGGCGCCUGGCGACGGCGAACGAGCGUCUCAUGGCGCACGCGUCGACGCUCGACAACUUCUUCGACCAAUUGGGGCUGCUCAAGGAGCUCAGCGGCGACUGGGACCGGCUCGAGGAGACCUACGAGGAGACGGCGUCGCUGCACAAGUUCCUGAAGUCCCAGGGCAUGACGUCGAACCGCAACGCGCGCGUGAAGCGGCGGACCUACGACCAGUGCCUCCGGAAGCUGAGCCUCAUGAACGAGGUCGGCGCUUUGAAGAACCUGCACGUGAAGCUCGUGGGCAACGAGGAGGGGCUGACGUCUUUGGAAGAGAGCAAGGUGCGCUUCGGCGUGCGGGGGCGGCGCGAGCGCGAGGGCGGCCAGGGCGUCGGCUACCGCGCGGCCAAGGCCGCGACCUGCCUGGAGGACGAAUUGCACGCGGCGCUGCAGGACCAGUGGUCGCAGAUCGACCUGAGCCUGCGGGACUGCGUCGUCCACGGCUCGAAGCGGCGGAACCACUUCCGGACCAUCCUGCGGAGCCGCUGCAGCGAGCUCCACCGGAGCAUCGGGGCCAUCCUGAACGCGGCGGACGAGGGCAUCCUGCGGGAGGAGGCGUCGGACCCCGCGGCCGCGCUCGCGCACCUCCGGGACCUGACGACGCGGCACGGCAUCGCCCGGGGCCAGGCGGCGAAGCUCGUGGGCUACCAGAAGCUCUACAACUCGCACUUCCACGGCGGCACGCUCGACCGCGGCGCGUUCAUCGCCGAGUCCGACCUCGGCGUCGAGGCCGCGGCGCCGCGGCGGACGGUCGCGGGCCGCGAGACCGCGCGCCACGACCCGAACCAGGGGCCCCAGCCCCUCGUCGUGGACCACUUCGUCAACCUCCAGUUCGCCGAGAAGCGCAUCAAGCUCCAGUUUACAUUGUGGAGCGCGCUCGACGCGCUCGACCGCGCGCACGCCGCGUGGCGCGCCGCGCCCGUGAACGCGGAGUUCGGCGAGGGCGCGCCCCACGGCCUGCUCAAGGAGGCCAUCGCCAAGGGCGAGCGGGCCUACGAGCAAUUGUUGAGCGACACGGAGAACUCCGCGAAGAACCGGCGGUCCUGGCUCCGGCAGACGCGCGAGCACAAGAAGGAGGAGAAGUACCCCUACAGCCAGGGCAUCCGCGGCGGCGGCCUCGCCGUCAUGCGCGAGUCCGACGAGGAGAGCGAGUCCGAGUCCGAGGAGGAGAGCGACGCGAACGAGUCGUCGUCCAUGGACGACGACGACGACGACGACGGCGACGGCGGCGGCGGCGACGGCGACGACGUCGACGACGAGGGGUCCUCCGUCGCGGACAAGUCCAAGGUCUCCGGCUCGACGCGCGAGUCCGCGAGCUCCGCGGCGUCCAAGGAGGCCAAGGAGCUGAGCCUCGUCGGCGCCGCGUCGAACCCCGCGCGGUUCCGCCUCGGCGUGACGAUCGACCGGUCGAAGCGGGAGCUCGCGUCGGCGCUGCCGCUCACGGACCGCUACUUCUGGGGCGCCCACGGCAUGGACCGCUGGGCCGCCGACACGCUCGACCGCUACGGCGCGUCGACGCAGCACCUGAGCGUCUGCGACGUCGGCGCGCGCGCGAAGCUCAACGUCGGCGAUUUACUGGACGGCGGUCUGGUGAAGAACGCGUCCAAGGUCGCCGCCGUCGUCUACGAGUCGGAGAUCCACCGCGCGCUGUCCGACCUGGACGCCGCGGCGAACGACGCGUGGCCCGAGGGCUCGCACCGCGGCGUGCAGCUCGCGACGUCGACGGCGCCCGUGUUGCAGUACUCGGCAGCGGAGAAGGUUUCUUAUUUUCAGGACUUUGCGGGCCCCCGGGGCCCCCUGCGCCUCGGCUGCGUCAAGUGCCGCGAGGCCGUCCGGGCCUGGGCGACGAAGCCGCCGCCGGACGCGCCGCCGGGCGUCUCCGGCAAGGCGAAGGCGCGCGCGGCGGCGACUUUAGCCGCCGGCGCCGCGCGCUGGGAGGCGAAGCUCGACGGCGCCGAGGCGAUCCUCGACGACGUCCUGGAUCUGGUCAUGCUCGCGUCCGUACUGCGGCCCGCGUUCGCGGGCGGCGUGCGCGCGCCGCUGUCCAUCGCCCAGCAGUACCACGGCGGCUACGCGUUUCUACAGAGGGGCCUCGUCGAGGUGCAGCGGCUGAGCCGGCUGGGCGUCUUCGACGACACCGCGCUCGGCGGCGGCGGCCGCCGGGGCACGGCGCGGUCGACGGCGCGGUCGUCGUCCUCCGCGGCGUCCGCGCUCGCGAACUGCCGGUCCCAGCUCGAGGACGCGCGGGCCCAGCUCAACCAGUGGCUCGACGAGCAGCGGUCCAUCGCGCCCUGCCUCCUCUGGCUGGGCAACGAGGAACUCGUGCACGCGUGCAUGCAGUGGGGCAUCUUCUGCGGCCAGCCCCCGGCGUCCGUGUCCAGCGAGGUGAACAAUCUGAUCCACUACCAGCUCCUCCCCAACGUGCGCCACCUGUCCAUGGCGCGGCCGCCCGUGAAGGCGGAGGCGCACCGCGCGACGCAGCAAUUCCGCCAGAGCAUGUUCGAGAAGAAGGACGACAGCGACGCCCCGAAGGGCCCCCGGGGCUCCACGGAGGGGCCGUCCUCGCCCGAGCGGCGCCGGUCCCGCGCGACGGCGGCGGUCGCGGCGCCCGACGCCGUCACGGCGACGUCCGUCAUCGGCUGGCGGUCGUCCGACGCGACGGAAGAGCUGCACUUCCACGACGGCGGCUUCAAGGUCACGGGCGUGCUCGCCGAGGACGUGGCCAAGAUCCACCACGGCCUGAAGCGGGCCCUGCUCGAGGGCGUCUUCGAGGCGCUCUGCGCGUCGUCCGGCGUGUCACCGGACGACGACGGCGGCGACGCGGAGGAGGCCGCGCAGCGCCUCGGCGCCGCGCUGCCCUGGCCCCUGGCCUGCGCUGAGUCGACGUUCCCGGCGGCGUCCGCCGUGCUCGCGGCGUCGGCCUACUGGACGAAGGAGGUCGAGGACGCGCUCCGCAAGUCCGGCCUGACGCCGUGCGGGAAAAGAGAGCGAAAUUCCCAACUUCAAAGGCUCCGAUCUCGGCCAUUUCCCACUCGCCUGAAGCCGUGCGCGAAGACGUACCGCGAGCACCUCAUCGUCGGCGGCGGCAUCGCCAAGGACAUCAUGGCCUCGUGCCAGCCGGACCGCAAGGGCCACCGGCGGGGGUCGGCCCAGAGCCUCAUGUCCGUGGGGUCGCUCGUGGAGAAGCGGAGGCGCGAGGAGGGCGAGGGCGACUCGCGGAACCGCGAGCGGCACCGGCGGCCGUCCGGUGCGUCCGUGGGCAGCCACAUGAGCGGCGUGUCCAUGAACAGCGACGAUUCCAAGAAGGACGAGCCCCUGGCCUGCGAGCUUUAUGAAUUAGAGGUCAAGAAGGCCGACGCGCUCGCCAAGAACCACGGCCACGCGCACGUCCGCGAGUCCAAGGUCGACUCCAAGCUCUGGAACACCCUGGAACGACGCGUGUCCCACCGCAUCGCCGUCUACGUCGUCGUCCUCAACGGCCGGCCGUCCGCGAGCCGGCUCUGGCUCUGCGCGUCCGGCUUGGUCGCCUACGGCGUCAUGCAGCGCGACGUGCUCCAGCUCAUGCGCGUCUACGACGUGGGCUCCGUCGACGACUUCGAGUGGAAGUUCCGGCCGAAGCACCGCUGGGUCGGGUCCUGGGAUCUCGAACACCGCGACGCGGAGCUUAGAAGGCGCCAGUGCUCGCUCCGGUGCCAGGCGUGCAACGGGGACGUGCCCCACGCGCUCGAGUACGAGUCCGCCGCGAGCCGCCUGACCCUGACGCCCCUGAGCCACCGGAGCUUGCUGGCGUUGGUCGGGGGCACGCGCGACGCGUGGUGCGGCGGGCGGCUCAUGCCCGUGCGCGACGGUUUAGAGCCGAACGCCGCGCGGCGCGCGGUCGAGGAUCUCGCGAAGUUCUACGGCCGGCGGCUCCACGUCUUCGAGGCGACGCCCCGGGCGACGGCCGACGAUUUGCUAUUAGUGCUGCGGCGCACGCUCGAGGCCGGCGCGGUGUCGGAGCUCCGGUGCUUCGAUUUACUGAACGCGGACGUGCUGCUCACGUUCUCCACCUGGCUCGGCACGAUCAAGGAGGCCAUUUUGGGCGACCAGCCGACGCGGCGCAUCUCGCAGCACAACUUCCGGCUGAGCGCGAACGUCUCGCGGAAGCUGGUCGGGGAAGACGCGCUCGCGCACGUCGGCGACCUGCUGCUGGGCCCGCUCGGCGGCGGCUUCAGCGAGGAGAAGGACUUCUUCGCGCCGGGCCACAAGGCGCCGCCCGUGCCCCUCCUGGCGCUCUACGCGACGCCGUCGCCGGCCGCGGCGUCGUGGGACGACGACAAGGUCGGCCCGUUCGCGUCCUUCAAGGAGACGCUCCGGCCGACGCUCUACCACGAGCCCGCGCCGCUGCGCAUGGCGGAGUUGCUGCUAUUGAAGAGCGGCCUCGAGACGGACGCGUCGCCGGUCAUCGUCAAGGAGGCGCAGCGGCUGUUGAGGGCGGACCAGAACCGCGACGGAGGCAAGGGCGCGGCGCCGCCCGCGGAGGGCAUGUGGCACUACUUGAACCGCGCGGUGCGGAACAAGAUCCCCAAGGCCGGCGAGGCGUCGAACCGGCGCAUCACGGAGAUCGUGCGCAACAUCGCGGCGCUCGACGCGCCGGGGUCGCCCCUGCGGGGCGACGAGGAGUCGGCGCGCCGCGGGGGGCAGGCCCGGUCCGAGGAUUUGCGAGACCUCGCGCUCAAGCGCAAGCCCCCGGGCGAGGCGCCGCCGAAGCUCGCCAAGCACAAGCAGCCCCAAUCGACGUCCGAGCUCGGCGCGGACGCGCGGAGCCGGCUCGAGGCCUUCGGCGCGGCGUCCGCGGACGCGGGCGCGGGCCACGCGCCCAAGGGCUUCGGCGGCGAGCCCCGGCCGCUGGCCCCGGCGUCGCCGGCGGCGCUCCGGGGCUCGCGGUCCACGUUCCGCCCCGCGGCGACGCGCGGCCGGCCGUCGACGCUCCGCAACGACCGGAGCCGCCAGCUCCAGGUCCACAGCCGGGAGUCGACGCUGUCGCGCGUCGUGCGGCCGAGCUCCGGCACGCGCCGCGGGGACGACGCCGCGGCGCCGCCGAGCCGGUCGCCGUCGCCGUCGUCCGCGCGCCAGUCCGUGCGCAACGUCGCGCGCGCCAGUAUGGCCGUGGGCGGCGGCGCCGCGCGCCAGUCCGUCGUCGCCGGCCGGGGAUCGCCGCGCCCGUCCAUGGCCAAGGCCGCGUCCCAGCGCGGCGCGCGCCAGUCGCUCGCGGCGACGCGCGCGUCCAUGGCCAUGAACCGCGGCGCGCGGAGCUCGGUCGCGGUCAAGAGCGGCCGCGCGUCCAUGGCCCAGUCGGGCCGGAGCUCGCCGUCGGGCCGCGGCUUCAUGAAGCUCGCGUCGAGCAUGGACGUGAACAUGGCCGCGCUCCGCGAGGAGCACUACGGCGCGCCGGCGCGCGACGUGUCCUGGGUGACGUCGCCGGAGUUCGAGGAGGCCGUGCGCGCCCGCGACGCGGCCCUCGCCGCGCGCGACGAGGCGACGCGCGUCGUCGCCGCGCUGAACCGGGAGGCGCUCGCCGCCGCCGUCGCCGCGAAGCGGCCCGCCGCGCGGGCCCCGUCGGCGCCUCCGGCGGCCGCAAACGCGGUCCUCGUCGGCGUCGCGAGCCAGUUCGCGGAGAUCGCGGGCCUCAAGCUCGCGUCCAUCCCCGUCGCCAAGGGCGGCACGAAGCCGGCGACGCCGCCGGACCGGCGCGGCGACGACGCGCGCGCGCGGGCGACGGCCGCAUGCUUCGAAAACGCGACGCGGCCCGCGGAGCCGGCGGCCGGCGGCGGGCUCUGGGUCGAGUCGCAGGGCGCGCGGCGGCUCCUCUUCGUCCACAUCCCCAAGUGCGGCGGCUCGGCCCUCACGGCGGCCCUGCGGCGCUUCGCCUGCGUCGCCAACGGCCCGACGAGCGACUGCUGCGAGCACCCGGGCUUCUGCCAGCGCGCGAAGCCGAAGCCGCGCCUCUGCCAGGCGCUCGUCAACUGCCACGGCCACCAGCCGUCGCUGCGCAUGUACGCCGCGCGGCCGUCGACGCGAAACAUCCGCGCCGUGACCAUGGUGCGCGAGCCCCUGGGCCGCGUCGUCUCCGCGUGGCACUACCGGUGCCACAACCCGAACUGGGACUGCUUCCACGUGCCCGGCGCGACGCAGUGGAGCGAGCGGAAGCGCGCCGACGAGCGGUGGCACCUGAAGCCGCCCAACGCCACCCACGCGGGCUACGCGAGCUUCGCGGAUUUUUUAGACAUGCCGCACUACCAGAACGUGCAGGUCCGCAUGCUCGGCAAGGACCGCUUCCCCUACGACGCGGCGCCCGUGGGCGCCGACGACGUCUUCGCGGCCAUCGACGUCGCGACGCGGACCUUCGCCGUCGUCGGCGUCUUCGAGCUCUUCGACCACUCCGUCGCGCUGCUCGGGCGUUUGGCGGGCGUGCCCCUGGUGGCCGCGGACUUCGAGCGCGUCCGCGCGCAGCACUCGCCCCAGAACCGCCACGACGCGACGCUCCACGUCUGGGCCGCGUCGACGCUGUGCGGCGAGCUCCGGAACGCGGACCUCCUCGACCUCCCGGGCUGCGGCGCGGCCGCCGCGGCGCGCGCGCGCGCCUACUGCGCCGACGCCUAG